CAGUGUUCAACAAGUAGUAGGAGCAACAGUUGCCCCAAUACAGUGACUCCCAAUCCGGAAAGUGGCUCAAGUGUGCGGAUUAUUUCAAACAACCUGCAGAGAGAGCGGGGAGAAGAAAACUCGCUAAUCCCGAGGACAACAGUCAGGACACACACAGCAAAGAAAAAAGAAAAUAAGAAAAGACAAGAAAACGUCAUGAAGCCCGACAUAUUAACGCUCUGCAUUGUGGCAACGACGAUCCUGGCCAGCACACGUCACGUCAUCGGCUUUCUGACUUCCCAGACAUCGGGGGCAUCUCCAGGUUCAGCUCUGGAGCAGCAGCAGCAACGGCAAGAUGGGAUUGGAGAAGGAGGAGACGAGGAUGUUGUGAUACAACCGCGACGACACUUGGACGCAACGUUGGAACGUAAUGUUUACGAUCCUGGCGAUGAACUGUUGCACGCUCUGAAUCAGGAGCUGGGAAUGGCCAUGUCUCCGGAGGAGGCAGACUAUCCGAAUCCCAAUUCGAUUUCUAACGCGAAUGCAAAUGCGAUAUACAAUGAGGUAGAGGUGGCCAACAAGUUCGACAUGCUGAAGAAGAUGGAGGAGGAUUUGCGUUCUGAGCAGGAACUAGUCGACAAAUCCGCUUUGCUCAUGAAAAUGCUCGAGGAUCCAACAUUGGACACGCUGCCUCUUGUCUAUGUGGAGGAGGAAGAUGAGGACGAACCGGCAGCAAUUACUGACUAUCCGCAGCUGGAAAAUGGAGUCCAAAGUCUUGUACUUGGCCAAAAUAAGCCGAAACGUUCGCGAUAUUAUCGUCGUUAUCCCUGGAAGCGUCACAAUCGAAACCGCGGUUCUUACAUGAAUUCUAUCAACAGCAACUAUGAACCGGAACUGCGUUAUGCCUGCACACCCAGCAAGGAGGAUAUCUUUAAGCUCCUGGUCAAUCUGCAUGAGAAUCGCAAGGGGAAUCACAGCAAGACGGUCAACUUUUGUAAUCGCAAGCGUCCUGCCAAGGCGGUAUUCACCAAUAUACGAUUCCUGGGCUAGAUCUGAAUACUGGAUAUAAAAAAAACGAAGAUUUGUACACACUGACACACACACACACAGACACUGGAUCACACACAUAUGUAUACCAAGCAUCAAUUGUAUAUUGCUGACAAAGUCAAGCGCGAAACUGGAGAACAACAAGCACUAACAAUUAGUUAACUAACUACAACUUAAACUAAAACUUAAACUAACCAACAACUAAAUAUUUAGACAUCCCGCACUUAGUAGCAAUUUUACAUAAUCGCACAUUUCCCCAACUUUUCCCAACAAAGCUAGAAAAUUACCUAGAAACAAAUCCACCCUCUUAAUGUGUUGUAUAUAUACCGAAAUAUAAAUAUAUAUAAAGUUUUUAGUAUUGUGUGUGGGUUUAUAUGUUAUUAUUAGCAAGUUUAUAACUUUUUGUCGACUUGUCAUAUCAUUAAAAAAGCGUCAAUCGGUGUCGGAAUUAUUGUUACUUUUAUUAUUAUUACGAAACUUUCCUAGAAACUGGGCCAAUUUUAAAAGCCUGCGUUGAAGCUAAUUAUAAAUAUGGAGAAAACAAAACCAAUAUCAAUGUGUAUAUAUGUAUACUUAAUAAAUAAUUCCUAUAAUAUAUAUACCAUCUGUGUAUGUACUUGUUUGUAAGAAUCAAGAAAUCUUUAUGCUAAUAAACAUAUGAGAUAUA